GGGUAGCUGCUCGAAAGAAUAAACUCUCUAAGACAUCCACUUUGAGUUCUCCAUUGUUGAUGCAAACUUGGUGUGACUGCUGGAUGCCGCAGCAACUUGCAAUACAUUCGUUCGGGACCUCGAAACCCUGUUGUCUCAAACCCCAAUAUGGCGAUAUGGGGGCGGCCGGUUGGCCACCAGGCUACGCCUCCGGGCAGAAGAGAGGAAGAUGCGGAGAAUACCCGGAGGCAAUACCUGUGGAACACGCCGGAUGGAGACAAGCCCGAUUUCGCCGAGACCUACACGCACGGUGACGAGCUGGUCUUCUCGUGGAACGCCCUCAACAACAGCAUCUACGACUUGUGGCUCACAAGUUGGAAGCCCGGCCCCGACCCGGUAGCAGUGUGCCUAGCAAGGGCAGUGAACCUCGCCCAUGACGGCAACCUCAAACUCGUCACAUCCGAUCCCCCCACGGCGCAGCUCGCCAACGAGACGAGAUACGUGCUCCGCUUCAAGCCCCCGACAGGCCAAGGCGAGUUCGUCGCGUCGGACACCGACCUGUCCAGCCCGGGCUUUUUGCUCGUCGAACCGGCCUUUCACCAGCAGGAUGCCCCCAGCACCACGGCGCCUGCCCCGCCGACAAAAUCCCGAGUGACCCCGGCGAGGGAAACAGCUACAACGGCGCUGGGCUCGGAGGAGUCGGUCUCAGAAAUGUCCCCCGCGGCGGCGGCCGGGUUGACCAUCGGGUUGAUACUGAUCGUGGCGUUCUUGGUGGCGGUGGAGGUUGGGUAUCUGAUGUGGCGGCGGAAACGGCGGCGUGGGGCCGGACAGGACGGGACGCCGGGGUCGUCGGGCCGGAGGAAGAUGAUGAAGCGGUUCGGGAAGGGGGACCGCGGGGUGUUUGUCCAGGUGGACAAGGCCGAGAUGGUCAUCGAUGACUCGAUUUGGAUGUCGCCGGAGUUGCCGGGGGACUCGACCUGGGGCCAGAGACUGGUGCAUGAAUUACAGGGGUCGCGGUUAGGGAGGGGGAAUCCUCUUGGGCGGCCCAUGACGAUUAACAGUUCGGUGGUGGAGCUCGAUGUCGGGAGGACGUGAGGGAGUUCCAACUCCCGAGGGAUUGCCAGUGAAGUGAGAUACCGUCCAUGAGGAUGUGUUUGAGGAAUAUGGAACUUUGUAUGUACACAUUAUGACACCCGGAAUGUCGGGUUAGUGCCGAAUAAUUAUCGACCCCAGCAAUCAACGAACCAAAUGUUGUUGUUGCAGUGUCCGCCGACGGCGACAACACGGCCCGUGAAAUACUCCGUCCUUCAUUCCUGCAUGGAAACGGACGGGGGACACGAUUGAGGCAUGGGUCUCUCGCAACGCUCUGACCUUCUUCGGCCUGGCCGACGUGGCUGCCUUGGAACCAAAAACAAAAGUGUUGUUUUGGAGUUGGAAGCUUCGUCACAAGACCGAAAUUACAGGGCGAGCCCAGCUGGUUGACAGGCCCGUGUCUCAGAGGGGUGUUUUGGUUU